CGUUCCCCUCCUCCAUCUUGAGCUCUGCGCUUUGUUUCGUAAACUCAGUUUCUGCUCGUUGUUAACCGACAAAAAUGACCGACCAGCUCUGCAAACUCUUCGUCGGCGGGCUCAACGUGGACACCGACGACGAUGGCCUGCGCAAACACUUCGAGCAGUACGGCACGCUGACUGACUGCGUGGUCGUGGUGAACAAGCAGCUGCAGCGGUCCCGCUGCUUCGGCUUCGUAACCUACUCCAACCCGGAGGAGGCCGACGCCGCCAUGGCGGCUAGGCCGCACACCGUCGACGGCAACGCGGUCGAGGUGAAGCGCGCCGUGGCCCGGGAGGACGCCAACAAGCCCGAGGCUCUCGCUAAGGUGAAGAAAAUCUUCGUCGGCGGCCUGAAAGACGACAUCGAGGAGGAACAUCUGAGCGAGUAUUUCUCGCAGUACGGUCAGAUCGAGAAGGCCGAAGUCAUCUCGGAGAAGGAUACCGGGAAGAAGAGAGGGUUCGGCUUUGUGUAUUUCACCGAUCACGACGCGGCAGAUAAGGCAGUGGUGGUGAAAUUCCACACCGUCAAAGGACACAAAGUGGAGGUGAAGAAAGCUUUGACCAAGCAGGAGAUGCAGGCGGCCAACAGGAACUCCAUGGCGCCCAGAGGCAGGCCGGGCCGCGGCAUGAGGCCGAAUCAAAAUGGCUACGGCGGCAGGGAUUAUGGCGGAAACUACAACUACGGAAAUGGCGGGAGCUACAACUGCGGCGGUGGCGGCGGCGGCUACGGAGGGUAUGGAGGGCCGUAUGGUGGUGGCUAUGGAGACCAGAGCGGCGGCUACGGUGGCGGCAACGGCUACAACGACUUUGGCGGCAGCUACGGUCAACAUGCCUCCAGCUACGGGCCCAUGAAGGGAGGGCCUUUCGGGGGCCAGCGGAGCUCCGGGCCCUACUCCAGAGGCGGCGGCGGCGGAUACUCCUCGCGAGGCGGCUACGGCGGUGGCUACUAGACGGGACUUCGCAAGGGAAAUCAUCCACCACACCACCACCACCCUGCCACAGAAUACCCCCAACCAAGCCGGGAUUUGGACGUCAUAAGUCAAAGUCAGUAACGGGGCGUCUGCCGUGAAAUCCGACCAUGGCAGAGUCACAGAGACCCCCCAAAACACAUCAAAAAACCAAACAGGUAGGAAGGUCACUUCCCUGAACACCUGAUUUAAAGCGAGCAGCUCUGCCGUUCAACUAGGACACACAAAACGAAGAAUAUUGGUCCCCUUAUGUACCCACGCCUCUGGCGUGUAGCUGUCGUCGUUCAGAGUUGGAUUAUUUUUUAUUUGCGUUCACUCAUUGUUUUGACAUUUUGAUGUAGGAUUGUUUUCCAUGCGUUUUGACUAUUAUUUUAAUAUUGCCUUUUCAAGCAACGAAAUUCGACCUGUCUACUGGAGUAAACUUAGUGUGAUUUCAAUGUAUGAGGAUGAGAAAGCAUGUUAUGUGGUUUUCAUAGCUAUGUUAUAUACUGAUGACAUCUAUUGUGUUAUUUACUGAACCGUGGGUCAUUUAGCAAAGACAGGAAAGUGACACUGCAGGAUCCAGUUUCCUUGUUUCCUUCCCUAUAUUGUAUUCAAACGUCACACUUAGUAAUAGCUUCAGUCUAAAUAUUGUUCAUUUCCAUUAUCUGUAGCAAUAUCUAAUGUAUAUUGUAUACUUUCAUGUUUCAUGAGAACAAAAUCUACUGUUAAAACACUUUGGUAUGCUUAUGUAUGUUCAUUUUAAAUAAAACGUUAUACCACGUAGCUUAGUUAUCUUACUUAUUUAACCAGGCUUCAAGUUCAUCCACAGGUUUAUGGCCUCUCCUUGUUGUUCUUUAGUUACAUGGCAUCAUGUUAAACCCUUAACCUUCAGGUGGGUGAAAUGGUUACCGAAUGGUUGUAGUCUACCCACAGCCAAUGCAUGUAGGCUUUGUAGGGUGUGACCUGUUUUUUAACUUUCAUUUUUAAACAUGAUUUCACUUUUUAGAUGCUGCUAAUGACUUCUGAUAUUUUCUCUCUUUACAUAUUUGAAUAUUAUUCUCUUUGUGGACAUGAGGGAUCUGUUAUUUAUCUUUGAUUAUUCCUUACAUUUAGGUGUUUUUACUUGUAUUCCAGUAGGCUAUCCCAGCCAAAAUAGCCGUAGCAGUUUGUUUGUAGGCUACAUCAGGACCCUGUUCAUUACCUGGGGUCGAUUGUGAUAGGACUCUGAAAUAUCUCUUUAGGAUAUCCACAUCCAGCAAACUAGGUAUGUAAAUCAACCUGUCUUCACUCUGUGUUGGUCAACAAUGUAUGGCUUAUCUUUUAAGAUGGUGCACAAAGUGUGCCAUUAUUUAAUCUUGACGUAUCAGUUUAUAUAUAGCUAAUUUUAAAAUAACAAAUGGGGGUGGGGUGUCAUUUAAUUUAUUUGUACUUUUGAAUGAAUUUAUUAGUGGGUGGAAGGAGACCCAGGUUCUUUUCCACAAUUCAAUGAGAUGGUGGAACAAGUAGACUGGUGUCUCCCUCAGAAACCUCAUGCGGUCCAUUUUCUCACUCUUGUUUUUCUCCCAUCUCCUCCAGGUUGCUACGGUAACCUGGGCAUGAGGACAUCACCCCAGAAUUGGUGGGGUGUUGUGUCUCCACGCUGACGGGGGAGACCGGAGAGAGGCCGUGCCUUCUCCCCCUCAGGUUAAUGAUGCUUGAUGAUUACUGAUCCUCCAUUAGGAAAACGCAUCACUUGUGGCGACCUGAUUAUUUAUAAUCACAUAAUAAAUAUUUAUAUUUUCAUACAA